UGUAGAGCGCGCGGGCGCGUGCACGUGCCCCCCUCCGCCACCCUUGCCCCCGCACGCGGAGAAUAUCGUUACCAAAUAGAGAACGCGAGCGCACGCGGAGAUGCGAUGGCUGCAGCAGCGGCAGCGACAUUAACCCUGGAUUGUGUUUACGACGCAGAGCACGAGAACGGCUCAACCUCGGGAGAAACGGACACCGCGCGCGCACGAUUCUAAGACGCACAGUCAUUUACGCGCAGUGUGCGCUCUCUCUCUCCCUCUCUUUCUCUCUCUCUCUCUCCCUCUCUCUCGCUCCGUCCGUGCGCUUUACGUCUCGAGCCAGCGCUGACUGAGCUGCCUUCAGUUCGGCUCGCUGUUGUUUUGAUGCGCAGCUGCAAAGAGAGCGCGAGCAGCCGCUAUCGCAGAUGAGGAGCGCGAGCGAGCGAGACCAUUUAUCUCUACCUUCAGAAUAUCACGCACGCGACGCCAGCGCGCUGUUACUGGCAUCUGGAAGGGCCCACUAGCCUCGGGUCUCAUCCCCAUCCAGUGGCGCCGCACUCGGGGAUACCCGAGCGCAUCCCUCCAUCCCUCUUAAUCUAUCCCUCCCUCUCUCUCUCUCUUCCAGCCUCCCUCACUCCAUCACCACAUGCUAGAGCCCCCAAAGGGUCUACUAUAGACAAGGACCAGGGGAGGAAGAGGAGGAGGAGGACGAGGAGGGGGGGGCUGUUCUUUUCGUGGCCGCGGUGGACGCACCCUCCGCGGUGUGAGGCAGGGCUGAAGCGCCGCCGUGUCGGAGGAUGCUGUGGGAGUAGAGAGGCUCAGAGAGGAAGAUGGGGAAGGACCAGGAACUGCUGCAGGCGGUGAAGACCGAGGACCUGCUCACCGUGCAGAAGCUGCUGCAGAGGCCCCGGCCAGGGAAAGCAAAACUCCUCGGUUCAGCAAAGAAAGUCAACGUCAACUUCCAGGACACAGAUGGGUUUUCUCCUCUGCAUCAUGCCGCUCUUAAUGGCAACCUGGAGCUCAUCACUCUGCUGCUGGAGUCGCAGGCUGCUGUCGACAUCAGAGACCAGAAAGGUAUGCGGCCUCUGCAUUACGCAGCCUGGCAGGGGAAGGCGGAGCCUAUGAAGAUGUUGCUGAAGUCUGGUUCGUCCGUCAACGGCCAGUCAGACGAAGGACAGAUUCCUCUGCACCUGUCGGCGCAGCACGGACACUAUGACGUGUCUGAGAUGUUGCUGCAGCAUCAGUCCAACCCGUGCAUCGUGGAUAACGCAGGGAAAACCCCCCUGGACCUGGCCUGUGAGUUCGGCAGAGUCGGGGUGGUCCAGUUGCUGUUGUCCAGUAACAUGUGUGCUGCUUUGCUGGAGCCCAAAAAAGGAGACACUACUGACCCCAAUGGGACGUCUCCGCUCCACCUGGCUGCCAAGAAUGGACACAUAGACAUUAUCAGACUCUUGAUCCAGGCAGGUAUCGACAUCAACAGACAGACCAAAGCUGGCACUGCCCUGCAUGAAGCUGCUCUCUGUGGCAAGACUGAGGCAGUGAGACUCCUGCUGGAAAGUGGAAUCAAUGCCACAGUGAGGAACACUUACAGCCAGACUGCGCUGGAUAUCGUCUAUCAGUUCACUGCAACACAAGCCAGCAGAGAGAUCAAACAACUACUGAGGGAUGCAUCGGCGGCUCUUCAGGUUCGGGCUCUGAAAGAUUACUGCAACAACUAUGACCUGACCAGCCUCAACAUCAAAGCAGGGGACGUUAUUACGGUUUUGGAGCAGCACCCUGAUGGACGUUGGAAAGGCUGUAUCCAUGACAACCGUACAGGAAACGAUCGGGUGGGCUACUUCCCGUCCACCAUGGUGGAAGUCAUCAGCAAGCGCACAGGUUUGGCCAGCACAGUCAUUUGCACUCAACAGUUUCAAAAGAUACCGCUGGUUCCCCCGGCGACGGUUGCCCCUGCCAACGCGGUAGUCAACGGCAACGACACCACGUUCCAUCAGAUCCAUAUCCUGCCUCCACCGCCUCCUCCUCCACCACAUUCCCAUCAGCCACUGCUUCCACUUUUCACUUCCUUUGGCUAUAACAGGUCGCCCGUGACAACCCCACAGGGAGACACACCCACUGCCCCAGGUUGUCGCGGUUCAGAGGCAAGUCCUCACAGCUCUCCCACCCAGUCCAGCGGGCCCCAUGGAGGCUCCAACGAAGAGAUCUGGGUACUGCGCAAACCCGUGGCAGGUGGAGACCGCAGCAGUAUGGGCAGUUCUGGCAGUGUCAACAGUGUGAGGUCAUCGGGCAGUGGUCAGAGCGCCGCCAGUGCCGCACACAUCCUACAUGCACAAGCAGAAGGAGUUAAGCUUCUAGCCACAGUGUUGUCCCAGUCUGCCAAAGCUAAGGAGCAUCUCCUGGAGCAGUCAAAGUCUGUGGAUCAGCCUGCAGCAGGUUCCGCCAGCUCCUCUCGGACAUCGAGCCAAUCGGGUUGUCCCCUGCACGAAGCGCCGCCUUAUGACGCCACAGCAACCAGGAAGGGGGAGGGUCCAGGCGAGGGGAAGAGCUCAGAGGCCGUUGUCCAAUGGCUGAGCGACUUUCAGCUGCAGGUCUACGCUCCAAACUUCGUGGGUGCUGGGUAUGACUUGCCCACCAUUAGUCGAAUGACCCCAGAGGAUCUGACGGCCAUUGGAAUAACUAAACCAGGUCACCGAAAGAAAAUGACAUCUGAGAUAAACAAGAUGAGUGUGACUGAGUGGCUGCCUGAUCAGAAACCUGCCAAUCUAGGAGAGUGGCUGUCUGCGAUUGGCCUGACCCAGUACCACCAGGUGUUAGUGCAGAAUGGGUACGAGAACAUCGACUUCAUCACUGACAUCACUUGGGAGGACCUGCAGGAAAUAGGCAUCAUCAAACUGGGUCACCAGAAGAAGCUGAUGCUGGCAGUGAAGCAGCUGGCUGAAUUGCAGCGUGCUUCUGAAGGACAUGGCUCCAUCCGAAAGAAGCCCCCACCAAUUACGCAGCAGCAGGAAGUCAUGUCUGUGGAUGGCCCUCCUCCAGACGAGCUCAUGUCUCCAAAGAUGAGCACCUUCCAGGACAGCGAGUUAAGCACUGAGCUACAGAGUGCCAUGACACAGCCAGGUCAGGAGGUCAAAGCUCAACGAACAUGCAACCUCAGCAAAGACCAUGAUGAGGUGAUGGCAGGAGGUGGAGGUGGAGGUGGAGGAGGAGGAACUGCACCGCCUAAGAAGGAGGCGCGGACUAUGAGGCAGCAGAGCAGCCAGGGAAGCACUUCCUCACACAGGGGCAAUGUCUCCUCUCAAGGCAAACAUCGUCAUUCCCACUCCCACUCCCACUCCCACUCUCAGCCUGCUCCUCCCUACACGCCUCCUCACACUCCCACCAAGACUAGAACUUCAUCGUCCUCCUCGACUUCCUCUGUCCAGAGUUUAGCUUCUUCUCAGUCCAAAACCAAGCCAGCCACCCAGUUUGGUCACGGGGAGAGACCUCAGUCACCGCGCUCUCACCCCCCACAGUCUCCCACUCACCGUGGAGCUCCAGGCACACACCCUCAGCAGCAGCAGCAACAACAGCAGCAGCAGCAGCAGCAACAGCCUCAGCAGCAACAGCCUCAGCAGCAACAGCAGCCUCCAGUCCAGCCAGCAUACCAAAAACACCCUCAGCACCAACCACAGCCACAGAUGAUGGAGAAUCAGCAGCCACAGGUUCCUCUCCUCUGUCUCCCACCAGAGUCUGAGCUGGCUGAGGAAGAAGGUUCGGAGCCAUCUGCACUCCAGAAGAAACGUGCCCACAGCCUCAACCGAUACGCAGUGUCAGAUGGCGAGUGUGAUGAGCAAACAGGGCGAGGAGGUGGAGGAGCAGGAGAAGCAGAUGCAGGAGGAGGUCAGAGCUCAGCUGUCAUCAGAGUGGAAGGAGGUAAAUACCACACAGUGACCCACCGCGUCAGCCGCAGCCACUCCGUCCGCAACCAGGACAAGAACCCCAGCCGCAGUCAUACACAGUCGUUAGCUCUGCGUCAGAAGAAAAAGGGGCCGCCCCCACCGCCGCCCAAACGCUCCAGCUCUGCCAUCUCCAGCUCCAACUCCAACCUGUCAGAAGCAAACACACAGCAGCCCACACACACCACGACAGGCGGGAUGCUGGACGUGCCUUACCACCAACAGAGGAGGGCCAGUGACCUUGGGGUGUCUGUGGAAGCAGGCGCUGUGGAAACAAACAGCAUGGGUACUGUGAGGAGCAUCGCCGCCAUGUUGGAAAUGUCUUCUAUAGGGGGCGGACCCAAAGGCAUGGCACUGCAGAAGAAUUUCCUUCAGGUGGGCAAAACGCGUGAUGCCAUUGGUUUGGAUGGUGAAGUGGUAAACCGACGGCGGACCAUCAGUGGCCCGGUCACCGAGCUGGUGGCAGCCGCCAAGCGCAACCAGCCGACAGCCUCCCCUCUCCCAUCUCCCUCUGUCCAACGGGAAACUUCCCCUCCCACUGUAAAUAACUCCCCCCACUCCCCCCACCCUCCAUCUUCCCCCCACCCCAGCUCGAGUGGCAGCGGCAGCUCAUCAGAGAACCUGCCCUUUGCAGACGAGGGCAGCCUGACCAUCCGCCGCCAGGGUCGAGGAGAAGGAGAAGGACAGUGUGUAUUUUGUGUCUGUCUGCAGGGCGACGGCGAGGGUCCCCAGGGCGAGGCCAAUUACCCCCAGGAGGACACCUCCAGCGUUGAGGCCCCAGCGACUCUGAAGAGGCGGCUCCACAGCUCUAAGCCCCACCCCAACGGCUCCGACUUCACCCUCCAGGAGUCGUCUACCGUCAAACGGCGGCCCAAGAGUCGCGACAAGGAGCCUGAGGGUUACACAGACCUGGCUGCGGCUAAUGGAGACCCUGUGGCAACCGCACCGCCGAACACCACGCAGCCAGUGCCUUACCAGAACGGCACUGCCACCAUGAGGCGUCGUCCAGUGUCUGAUGCCGGAGUGACGGAGCAGCCGCAACCGCAACCCCAACCCCAAACUCAACCCCAACCCCAACCCCAAUCCCAACAUCAGCCUCAACCUCAAUCGCAAGUGACUGCUGCUCUUCGCAGAGACAGCAUGGAUCAAACAGCUCCACUCGUCAGUGAGACAGGUCAGCAGAGGAAACCAAAGCCGCCAGUCUCCCCCAAGCCUGUGGUCGGUCAAAUAAAGAGACAAGGAGGUCCACAGACUUCUCCACAGCCCGUCUCCAACAAGAGAGUCCCGCUGCCAGGCCCCGGCACACCUGGAAGCCCAGUUGAAGGAAAGAAGAUCCCUCCACCAGUCUCGCCCAAACCGGUGCCCCCACCCACGGCGCCCAAACCGGCCAAGCUCAUCCACUCCAUGACCAGUCCGCCGUCUCCGACCCCGGCUGCCGCCCCAGUCCAACAGCACUCUGCGGUGAUCCGGCAGACCAGCUCGCCGCCUUCUUUCCCUUACACCAACUCUCCCAGCCCACCAAACGCCAAACCGCUGAGUCCGUCCCCUCAGAGCCCCCACACCCCACAGACCCCCACCACUCCACUGACCCCGCAGACUCCCGCCACUCCCAGCCCGACCCCGCCGCCCGUCAAGCCCCCUCGGUCGUCCAUCGGCGGCGUGUCUGUAGACACUGGGAUGGUGGGAGGCGGCGGUGUGACGGCGCCGGCCGCCACGACGACACCGGACCUGUGCGUGGACUCUCUGGUGCAUCAGAAGCUGGAGGAGACGAGCGCGUCGCUGGCCGCGGCUCUGCGAGCAGUCGAGGAUAAGAUACUGCGGCAGGAGGACUCUGUGGCUGAGCAGAAGACCACCGUCAGCAUCCUGGACGACAUCGGCAGCAUGUUCGAUGACCUGGCCGACCAGCUGGACGCCAUGUUGGAGUAACCAUAGAGACUAAUCAGCAUGUCUCCAUGGCAACGCUGCAAUGGGACUGACUCAGAUGGCACAAUGGGCAACAUGCCUCUCUAUCUCUCUCUCUUUCCUCCUCAUCAUCCUUCCCGCCGCGUCGUGUCUAUCCUCUUCUCUCCUCCCCUCUUCUCUCCUCUCCUCUCAAUCCAUCCACUGCUGCUCUGAAAGAAAAAAAAACCCUCUUUCAUCCUCCUCUUCCUCUCAUCACCUGUCACUGAUGAAGACAAUGAAGAUUGAGACAGUGGAGCAGUGCCACAGAACCUUGGUGGACAUGGAGAGAGAGACGCUUAAACGAGAGAGAGGUUUGAAGAAAACGGACCAAAAAAACAAGUGAUGUUGAGAGGAAACUUCAAAUGAAUUCAAAUAAAAAAAGAAGAAGAAGAAGAAGAAAAAUCAUCAGAUGAAGAAAUGAAACAAAAUGGAGGAGACUGCACUUCGACCGCGGGGUCUUUUAUGAACUCCAGACGGACUCGAACAAAAUAAACUAAACUAAUACUGAUUGAAAAACCUGCUGUGUCAUGAAUCAUAGUAUGGUAUGUGUACAUUCUAAGCAUGGAGAGUUUAUAUCUACUGAAAAAGUCCUGCAUUAGCACACUAAUAUAUAAUAUACCGAUAAAUAUGAAUCUCUA